CUUAUACUUUGAUUUAAAUAAAACCUUUAAAUUUUUCAAGAUAAAAUUAAAUUCUAUUUAUAAAUCAGGAGAAAAAUAUGAAAAUAUUUAUAAUAGUAAUUUUAGCAAUUUUCAUAGAGGAAGCUUGGCAGCAAUCUCUAGAUGGCUUAAUGGAAUUAGCUAAAGCUUCUGUUGAAGAUUGUUAUGAAGAUGAGGAGAAUACUAAAAAGAUUGAAAUAAGUGAUACCGGUUUCGAAGAUAUUGCAAAUGGAUCACGUGAUGCUGUGAGAAAUGCCAAAUGUAUACGUUAUUGUAUAAUGAAAAAACAUAACUUGUUCUCAGCCGAUAACUCCCUAAAUGAAUCUGAAAUAAUACCAUUUUUCACUUACUUAUUUAACAAUGCCAUCGAUAAGAAUCACCUUAAAACUAUUAUAGCAGAAUGUAAUAAUGUGAUAGCUAGAGAAACCGAUCGCUGUGAACGUUCUCAUAUGGCAAAUGGUUGCAUUUUACAACGUUUGAACGAGAGCGGUAUGAAAGAUAUUUGAAUAAUAGACAAAAUGGUUAAAAAUUGUUUAAUGUUGAUUUAGAUUAAAAAUAUAAUUAAAAACAAGAAAAAAACGUUUGAUCCAAUAAAUGAAGUUCUACCA